AUGAGUGAUGCACGAUAUAGCCACACAGCAUCUGUAUUAUAUAAUGGAAAAGUAUUAGUUAAUGGUGGAUAUAAUCGUAACAUUGGCUAUUUAAAUAGUGCUGAGCUGUAUAAUCCAUCAGCAGGUACUUGGACAACUACUGGUAGCAUGACUAAUGCACGAUAUUAUCAUACAUCAUCUGUAUUACCAAAUGGGAAAGUACUAGUUACUGGUGGAUACAAUGGUAAUACUAAUAUUUUAAAUAGUGCUGAAUUAUAUGAUCCAGCAACAGGUACUUGGACGACUACUAGUAGCAUGACUAAUUCACGAUGGUAUCACACAGCAUCUGUACUAUCCAAUGGGAAAGUAUUAGUUACGGGUGGAGAAGGCGUUGGCAAUAUUUCUUUAAACAAUGCUGAACUGUAUGAUCCAGCAACAGGUACUUGGACGACUACUAGUAGCAUGGCUAAUUCACGACAGUAUCAUAUAGCAUCUGUAUUAUCAAAUGGGAAAGUAUUAGUUACUGGCGGCUAUAAUACAAGUACUAGUUUAAACAGUGCUGAAUUGUAUGACCCAUCAACAGGCACUUGGGCAAUCACUAAUAACAUGAAUAAUGCACGAGAGUGGCACUCAGCAUCUGUAUUAUCAAAUGGAAAAGUAUUAGUUGCUGGUGGAUAUAAUACUAGUACUAGUUUAAAUAGUGCUGAAGUGUAUGAUCCAUCGACAAGUACUUGGACAAAUACUGGUAACAUGAAUAGUGCACGAUAUAUUCACACAACUUCUGUAUUAUCUAAUGGAAAAGUACUGGUUACUGGUGGAUUCAUUGGUAAUAGUUUAAAUAGUGCUGAGCUGUAUGAUUCAUCCACAGGCACUUGGAUAACUACUGGUAAUAUGACUGAUGGACGAGAUUUUCACACAGCAUCUGUAUUAUCGAAUGGAAAACUAUUAGUUACUGGUGGAUGGAAUGGUGCUACUGUUUUAAAUAGUGUGGAAUUAUAUUAA